UUAAAAUCACGUUUCCAGUUCUCUGUCCUUCUCCAUGUUGAUCUGUUCUGCUGCUGGACCUGAAACUUCCCAUAUUCCAGUUAUCUACGUAUGUUGUCCAGUUUCAUGAUGGCAGACAAACUGAUUUACCUCAUCAUAACGAACCCGGGUUUUUAAACGUUGUAAGCCGCUGUUUUCUGGAUAUACAGCUUCAAUGGAUUUAUCACCAACAUCCGCUGUUUGUGCUGAAAAGGAGCCAGAACUCAGGAUUGUUCUUCUUGGAAAAACUGGAGUUGGAAAAAGUGCAGCAGCAAAAACCAUAUUAGGGAAGAAAGCUUUUAAGUCUCAUCCUUGGUUUUCCUCAGUGGCAUUGUUCUGUGAGAAGAAAACCAAUGUUUAUGCAGGUCUAAAUCUGGAUGUUAUUGAUACUCCAUUCCUGUUUAGGACGAUAAAAAGUAAUAAAGAUAUUGUGAUGGAGAUUGCUAAAGGCAUCAGCAUGGCGGCUCCUGGUCCGCUUGUGUUCCUGAUUGUGCUCCAACCGACCAGAUUCACACCAGAAGAUGAAAAAGUGGUGGAACUAAUUAAGAAAAUGCUUGGAGAAGAAGCAGCCAGAUACACCAUGGUCCUGUUUACCCAUGGAGACGAACUGAGAAAGGAAAACACUAACAUUGAAGACCUGUUAGAAAAACACCAGCCUCUAAAACACAUCAUCAGUCAGUUCUCCAACCUGGAGAAAUUUGAAGAUAAAUAUCAUGUUUUUGACAAUAAUGUUGAGGAUCCUGCUCAAGUCAGCGAACUGCUGGAGAAGAUCCAAAGAAUGGUUCAGCAAAAUGGAGGAAGUUACUACAGCAAUGAGAUGUUCAGAGAGUCUCAUAGAGCGAAGCAAGAAGAAAUGGGACGACCGCUCAGAUUAACAAGAGCUGCUCCUCAAGCUGCUGCACUCCUGGAGAUAAAGAACGUGAUGGCCCAGCACAAACUCUUCACAGCCACUUAUAUUGGUGCUAAAAAUCCGGACCGUAGGAUUGUUCUUCUUGGAAGAACUGGAGUUGGAAAAAGUGCAGCGGGAAACACCAUUUUAGGAGGAAGAUUGUUUCAGUCUAGAUUCUCUAAUUCUUCUGUGACAUCGGUCUGUCAGAGGGAAAGCAAUUUUGUCCAUGGCUUAAAUCUGGAUGUUGUUGACACUCCAGAUCUGUUUGGGUCAAACCUGGAGUAUCUGGUCUGCCCCAAACAGAUCGCUAGAUGCAUCAGCAUGGCGGCUCCUGGUCCUCAUGUCUUCCUGAUUGUUCUCCAACCGACCAGAUUCACAGCAGAAGAAAGAAAAACUGUGGAAAUAAUCCAGAGAUUGUUUGGAGAAGAAGCAGCCAAAUACACCAUGGUCCUGUUUACAUAUGGAGAUGUGCUGAAAGAGAAAAACAUAACAAUGGAAAACCUGUUAGAAAAACACCAACCUCUAAAAUGCUUCAUCAGUCAGUGCUCCGUCUUGGAGAAAUUUGAAGAAAAAUAUCAUGUUUUUGACAACAAAGCUGCAGGAAGAACUCAAGUCAGCGAACUUCUAAACAAGAUCAACAAAAUGGUUAAGCAAAAUGGAGGAAGUUACUACAGCAAUGAGAUGUUCAGAGAGGCACAGAGAGCCAAGCAACAAGAAAUGGACCGACUGCGCAGAGAAAAUCCAGGGACAGUUUUUAAAGAUCGAAGAAAAAAGGCAGAGAGAGAGAACUCAUUUAUCCGUGCUGCUAUGGAUGCUGCUGCAGGUGGAGCUGCUGCAGGUGGAGCUGCUGCAGGUGGAGCUGCUGCAGGUGGAGCUGCUGCAGGUGGAGCUGCUGCAGGUGGAGUUACAAACAUCUCCAACAUGUUAGAGUUGGUAGGAGGGCAGCUGCUGCUAGAGUGAGAGGGGAAAGGGUUAGAGAUGCACCGAUCCGAUAUUAAUACCCGUAUCAGUUAUUGAUGACGGUGGUAAUUGAUGGUGACACACCAAAUUACAGAAUUAUUUUGUUUUACGUUAUGUUUAUUAGAUAUUUUGAAUAUUUAUACGGAAAAAGGGAAAAGGGACAACAACAGGACAAAACUUAUACAGGACAGAAAUAGAAAACAAAACAUAAAUAACUGUAAUUACUGGAACAAAGUAACCCAUGUAAAUAUAAUAUGGGUCAUUUUUGCACCAAAAAUGUGAAUUUCAGACCUGCUACAAUGUAAAGGCUUCAACGUGUUUAAAGUGAAAGAUGCAUUUUAAAGAUAUUCAUCAUCCCGGUU